AUGGUUCAAGUUUUAUGCUCUGAUUUUACAAAUUGUGCGAGAUUUCACUUGAAAGUUACAGUUUUAGAAAAUUCUGUCAUUCAUGACUUUGCCUUGAGCUUAAAGCUUAACAACAAUUCAAAAUCAUCCUACAAUUUUCUCUCCUUGCUGUUGCUAUUCAAGAGUCAUUCAACUGAAAAGCAUAAUUGGAUCUAUGAGACUGUUCACAGCUCACAACUCCAUGUCGGUUUGAAUGUUUUCGAUGUUUUUUUUCAAUAUAAUAUGCCACCAACAACUCAUAGUUUGCAUGAAAAUACGUUUGAAAACUCCAUUAAUCAUGCGACAAGGCGAAGUGUCCUUUUAAAAUCAAACACUUUGAAGUCAAUGAAAUGUUUUCCAACGACAAUCAAUUCAGUGAAGAAAAUUGAGAAUGUUCUAAAUAAAUUGAACGAUACUCAUCAGGGGAAAAAGAAAUUAACUUCGGUCUGCUUUAAUCAGAUUUUAUCUGGAAAUCGAGCAGCUUGA